AACAGGAACGUGUUAGUAGCAUAUGGUGCAGUUCUGCCAACGUUCGUGCAAGUUGCCAAUAACGUUAUGUAAUUUUGAAAUAUGAGUUUACCUUAUCGAGGCAGGAAGGAAAUUGGAUAGGAGAGAUAGCGUGGCGAAUGUUUGUAUCGCGUACACAGUAAUUGCAUGCGCCUGAAAGAAAAACCUGAAUGAGAUUAUUAAUUAGGCGUGGAGAGUAUUGAAAUUAUCAUUUCGGUUGCGACUUGCGCAAACUUGCGGAUCGAUCGCUAAACGAACGAAGGUGUUUUCCCCAUCCAGAGAGGAGACGCGCGCGUUAAGGGAUAGAAACACAAUCAUAAUAAUAAUAAUAAUACUACAUAGACGAUACGGCCGGAGCAUAUAUAAUCUAAUCGACGGCUGCUCUCCAAAAACUCUUCAACACAAUGAAUUGAAAUCUCUUGAGCGAAAAACCGAGGCAGAGGAAUCAAGCAAACAUGUCAAUUAUAAAGAAUGAGAAGGAUUACAAGGGCAAGCUGGUGGCUGCGGUCAAGAAGGAGGUAAAGCAGGUGAUGGAGGAGUCCGUCACGAGGAAGUUUGUUCACGAGGAGAGCGGAUCGGUUACAUCUCUUUGCGGGGCCGUCGAAGCUUGCUUAUCGCAAGGACUACGGAGAAGGGCUUUGGGAUUGUUCAAAACUUCGAGCACUACAGCCCUGCUGCAUAAAAUAGCGAAGCACAGCGAGGAGGCUGCUAAUAUCUCGAGGAAGGUUCAGGAUAUCGAGAGUUCAGAUCCGAAUCGCAAAUCCUCCUCCAGCAGCGACAGUCUGACGCUUAAAAAGAAUCUGUCCGUGCAAUCUGCUGGUCCUCCAGCGGCGCCCAAGUAUCUGUGGAUUAGAUUGGCGCUGUUCGAAAAGCAAUUGGCGAAAAUUAUAGAUUAUUUGGUGACUAAUGCGGGAAAGUAUUACGACAAGGAUGCUGUCGUCGCCGAUUCUGAUUAUGGGACUAUACUGAGCUCUUUGCUGGUCGGGCCUUGCGCUUUGGACUACACUCGCACCAAGACGCAGGAUCAUUUUUGGACAGAUCCACCUGCUGAUGAGUUGCUGCAGAGACAUAGGAUAUCUAGUGGACAUUCAACUCCUCCUUCGGCGCGAAGACCCAUGUUGAACUUCAGGAGAUCGCUGAACACCAGCGCUGAGGAUUCGACGAACAAUCGCACGAGUACCUCUCACUAUGCUAAGGAUUACGUGGAGAGUCUGCAUCAGAAUUCGAGGGCAACUUUGCUCUUCGGCAAGAACAACGUUCUGGUGCUGCCGGUCAAUGCGCCUGGCACCGACCCGCUGCCAGGGUAUCUCAGUUUGCAUCAGAGCGCCCAUAAUUUGACCAUCAAAUGGACUCCGAAUCAGCUGAUGAAUGGGUUCGCAGAAGAGGUCCAAGACAAAAGUGUGUACUGGGAUUAUGCGUUGCAAGUGCGAAUGGAUGAAAUAGUAUAUGUGCACUGUCACCAAGACGCCGAGUCAGGAGGAACGAUAAUAUUGGUAGGACAGGAUGGGGUGCAGAGACCUCCGAUUCUCUUUCCGAAAGGUGGACACAUGUUGUCCUUCCUCAGUUGCAUCGAAACGGGUCUCCUUCCAAGAGGCAGAUUGGACCCACCUCUUUGGUCGCAACAUUCGGGUGUGUCCACAUCCGCGAGGAAGAAGAGACCUUUACCUGCUAUCACCGAGACAACAAAGGAUUACGUCUUUCGGAUAAUCGAUAACGCCGACAAGGAAAUACUGAAGCGCAACGAGCUUCUGGAUACGAAGACGCCUCUGCCGUCGAGAGUGCGAGUCCAGUUGGCAUCGUCGAGCACCAGUUCCGAGAGUUCGACGAAGAGCUUCAGCAUAGACGCUCAACCUGCUCCGGAGAGUCCGCCAAGUGUCUGCAUAAAAGCCGUUUGCGAUUCGAUGAAAAGGCAAAUAAUUUCCAGGGCUUUCUACGGAUGGUUGGCCUACUGUCGCCAUUUAUCGACUGUCCGUACGCAUCUGAGCGGUUUGGUUAAUUGGAAUAUUAUCAAUGGAGAUGGUGCAGACGAGGGGAUCACUGUCCAGAAGUGGUCGGAGCUGUGCGUGGAAGGCGUCGUCAAAGAUAGCAACGAGGUGUUUCGUUUGGCGUAUUUCGGUGGAGUCGCGAACGAGCUUCGCAUGGAAAUCUGGCCGUAUUUGUUGCGUCAUUACAAGUUUGGAAGUAAUAUCGCCGAAAGGAAUCGAUUGAACGAAGAGACUCGUCUCGCGUACGAAAAUAGGUUGUCCGAAUGGUUGGCCGUCGAAGCCAUAGUCAAACAAAGGGAUAAAGAGUGUCAGGCCAUCGCGAUUGCGAAGCUGAGCAGCGACAGCGUCUCCGUUGAUCAGUUGCCUCAGAUGCAAAGAGAUCUGAGCAACGAAGUAUUUGAAGCAGAAAGCGCCUAUCCGUUACAUAAUAGUUUUUCUAACGAGGAAGAUGAGCAUGAUUUCAGUAUACAUCAUAACGUUAUAGUUACCGAUGCCAGUGUGGAUAUACCAUCGGGCGGGUCUGAAGUGAAUCUGAGACAUCCCUCAUUGAAUUCGGUCAACGAAGAAGAGAGACAUGACAAUUGUUUGGAAACGCACGGAUUGAUUUCGUCCACAGGCGUUUCUCCGGUAAGUUCAAACGGUGGUAUUUAUACAGUCGAUCUGCUGAAUGAUUUCGGGGAAAUUCUGCAUAAAAUCGAAAAGGACGUGCAGAGAUGCGACCGCAAUCACUGGUAUUUCGCUGGUGAAAAUUUGGAUAAGUUGCGCAACAUUAUGUGCACGUACGCUUGGGAGCACAUGCAUAUAGGUUACAUGCAGGGAAUGUGCGAUUUGGUCGCACCUCUUCUGGUCAUGUUCGACGAUGAAAGUUUGACGUACGCCUGCUUCUGCCACUUGAUGGAAAGGAUGAUCGACAACUUCCCUUAUGGAAACGCCAUGGAUUGUAAUUUUGCCAAUAUGCGCUCACUCGUCCAAAUCCUUGAUUCGGAAAUGUACGAACUUAUGCUUGGGCAGCGUGACAACACGCACUUCUACUUCUGUUACCGAUGGUUCAUGUUGGACUUUAAACGCGAGUUGCUCUAUCCAGACAUAUUCUCCACAUGGGAGGUCAUUUGGGCUGCACAACGAGUCGCUUCCAACCAUUUCGUGCUCUUCCUAGCUAUGGCCAUGCUAGAAACCUAUAGGGACGUCAUUCUUUCCAACUCGAUGGACUUCACCGACAUUAUAAAAUUCUUCAACGAAAUGGCCGAAAGGCACGACGCAGCAGCCACAUUAAGACUAGCUAGGGAUUUGGUGAUGCAGCUGCAGUUGCUUAUAGAGAAUAAAUAAGUACCUUAACGUUAUACCUACAAAAAUUUAUUGAAUUUGUUCUAAGAUAAAUUAUGGAUUCCACGCCAAAUCAUAUAUAGAAACCUACAUAUAUAUAUAUAUAUU